UGUCGACGAAGAUCUGCGGGGCAGGCCGACUUGAAUGCCGCCGAACUUCACCAAUUCCCCCACCGUUUCCACCCACAGACUUCCUUUACCUGUAGCUACUCCUCAGGUCUGAUAGCUUGGACCCGCAAAUAUAGUUCUCUAUUUUUCACUUGUAUCAUGGGCACGUGGCCGAAUUUCGUUCCACGCUGGGGUCGCCUUCCGGUCGAACAGUACCUGAUCAGAAACUGGAACCAUGCAUCCCCGGAUCCUCCUCCCCAACAACGCUCACGCCUAGUCCACGAAUACAUCCACCUCGACACCAUCCCCAAAGAAUGGGAUCCCACAGAUUUCGGCGAAGCCUGGUACAAGCCGGACCCCUCCGACGGAGACCCAGCUUUUGCACCCACGCGAAUCCCAACAGACGACGAGAUCGAGACCAUCCUGCGUCCCUGGCGAUCGCAGGAUCUCCGCAAGAAGGCGUGGGAGAUUUGGUGUGAUCGGGGCCGGGGGAAUCCCGUGAUGCUGCGGACGUAUUAUGGGGAUGGUGAAGAGGCGGAGGGGGAUAGGAAGUUUGGCGAGUAUACGCGGGUCUCUGAUACAUACGAUGCUGUCGCAGAUGUCUAUGCGCUGAAUAACCGCGCGCUUUUUGACUUUGGGUCGGACUGGCGACGGGUCUUUGAGGAUUUGCCGGAGAUCGCUGGCUGCGCCGAUGGAAAUAAUGCUGCUGAGAUUCCGCCCUUGGCGUCUUACUCGCGGUGGCCGGACCUGGAGAUGCUAGAUAAUGACUUUGUGGACCUCGCUGAGGAGAUCCAAACUAGCAAGGCUGAGCUCCCUAACUGGAACGAGGAUCCGGAUAUAUUGCUUGAGCCGGGCGAUACUGCUAUACGGUCACUACUACGGACGGCGACAAUCUCGUGGAUUAUCAUUGUGGACGAGACGACCUUCAAGACCGACGAGCUCUUGAUUGUGUAUUUCGAUAUGCAUCAGAAUGUGACGGUGGAAGGACGGCUUGAGCUUGAUCAGGGCUAUAUUGAUGAGAUGCUCAUGCGGUGGGAGAAUGGAGGGCGGCCGCUGGGGAUUGUCAUGGAGAAUGGGACGGUUGGAGAGAGAUAUAGAUUGUCUAGUGAGGAGGGGAGGAAGUUUUUUCGCCUGAGUGAGGAUCUCGAGUACAAGGGCGAUGGUGCGUCACUUUCGUGAGAAGGAUGAGAGUGAGAGGGAUGAAAUGUCUGAGCUGUGAAAGCAGAGAAUUUGAGCAUGGGCUGAGAUUACGAUGAGAGCGUUGAGAGUAAUGGCCGGCCACCCCGGUUUAUGACAAAGCUAGCUUAAUGGUCGAUCUCCUGCAGUUCCCGCUCGUUUCUCCCCCAAGAUCCCCUUGAGAAAAGCUCCAACUUGUCAUGCCUUGUGAGAUUAUCAGGGAAAGCUAAAGCUUGGCCAGUCUCGAGUCGUGGGAAGACAAGAAGCGGGUGCACGCGUUUCGUGGCCAC